GAAGCGUAGGAUCAUAAUCUCGUGUGUGCUUGCGUGCGCGCGCGUUUUUCGAACUUCACCGGUAACUACUUCGCUGAUAACGACGUCAUCGAUCGCACUAUCAACCAUAGAAGCAGUGUCAGCCGGAAACGCUAAUGAAUUCACAGCAGAACCAGAUUUGAUUCGGUUGACGAACGGCGUGUUUUUGUUUUUUCUUCGCCGCUGUGAUAACACAACUCCCCGGUUAGUGUUGAAUGUUCAUCAAACAUUGGAGUGUUUUUUUUUUUUUUUUGUUCGCUGUUCCUUCAUUCUGUCAGUUAAGUGGAGUGGCGUCCACUAGGCUCUGGUUUCAAUCCAAACAGAAAUUUAUUUCUGCUCGUCGUUUAUGCAAAGUCCAUUGAAACGAAUUCCACUUAGUUCGCCAAUCGAAGCCGCAGUGUCCGGGCGCAUAAUUUACAUCCGCUUUGGCGUUUUGUUUUUAUCUGUGUAUCUAGUGUGAAACGGAGCGGCUCGCUAUAGUUUUUUUCGUCUACUAGUUGCUGGAAUUUUGACCAAGUGUUACAAAAAUAGAUAAAUAACUGCCAAUCCGCGGAUUCGAUAUUUGUGUGUCGAUUUCGAGUGGCGCGUUUCUUGCUGCUUGCUGCUAGAGUACCACAUGGGAUUCGCACCAUAUUUCGCACUGCGCAAACUGGAAUCCGGGGGUCCCUUAUUCGGAUCGAUCCAAGCUGGCUUCAAUAAAUCUCAAGUGCCGUGUUAAUUAAAAUGUAAGGAAAAACAGUAAACAAGUCGAUUUCAAACCAACCGAUUUAGGUGGUACCCCAAUAAACAACCUGGGCAAAAACACCGAAAUAUCGCGACCUCCGAUUCAUCGUCGAUUUUCACUUUUCCGCAUUUAAGCGGCAUUUCCCCGCCAAAGAGGGUUAUUUAUUUUGCGCGAAAUUGUGUUUUAAAUGUUAUCAAAGCAAAUGGUCAAAUAUUGAACUAGCAGUACUGCGGAAGAGCGCGCAAGAGAAAACGGCACGCGUGACUGUGACGCGUGGAUUUGCAUUCACACCGACCGAUUAAAUUAGGCUUGUGUGGAAGUGCCGGCACAUGUGCGACAAACGAUAUCCAACGCGAGUGCCAAAUAAAAAAGCUCUUCGCGAUUCAGUGCAGUGGUUGUGCGAAGCGAAAACCCAGCAGAAAGGGGUAUGCGAGCAGUGCAAAAAGCAUAAUUAAAAUUCUGCCCUCUAUAGGCAACCGAAACGGCAGCAGUCGAUGCCAAAGUGACGAAAAACAAGUGGAAUUAAUGGUAAUUAAACAUCAAUUGGGAUCCGUGUCGAUCGGGGUGUUGUACGGCGAGGGAGAGUGCUUCGGAAGCCACCCGUGACCCUAUCUCGGGUAGGAGGCAAAAAAAUCCGGAUCGGAAAAUAUUCAUCACGCAAUCAACAAAACAUAAACGAGCAGCACCGGCCGUGGCAGCAAGAAGAUGGCUAGUGCGCGCGAGCAAAGCUCGACAGAAUAAAUUUGCGGGAAUUUAAAAUUUGGUUAAUUGAUAGGCAUGCGAACCGGUGGAUUAUUGAUUCGCAAUUCGCUCGCUUUUGAUUAAAUUGUGCAAACAACUAAGUGAAAAGAGAGAGAGAGAAAGAAUCAAGGGAAAGUACAUUUGUACGUGAGAAUUUAAUUAUUACCUGUGAAAUCGGAUCUUGCUGUUUUUCGGGAGCAAUCGAUCGCUCCGGAUCCGGGACGACGACGACCUGUGUGACGGCGAAGGAAUUUGCUCCGGUCAUGCUCUCGUGAGCCGGCAGAGAGAAGGACACGUACCGCAUCCGCCACACUUGCUGCGCUCCGCGUCUGCUAAACGAUUGAAUUAUGCUCGGACAUGCGUCCCCGGUAAUGAUGCUUCGUGAGUCCAAUCAAUAGGACACACAAGCCAACCGGCGGACGGCCGGCAAAUGGACAGGCUGAGUGUCAUUGUUUUCCGUGACAAUCCUACGGCCUUGCGAUUUCGAACGGUAUCCGUACGAGACGGUUUCGAGCCAGCCGGACGACCAACAUAGGUGAAGGUUUAUUCCGUUUUUUUUUCUUUCGUUUCGUUCGUUAACUAAUUGCCCUGCGCCAGAGGGAACUUGUUUUCGAUGGAAGCAUGGUGAAGAAUCGAAGCUCCGAUAACGACUAGCAAACCGCAGCCUGAAUUCUGAAAGUGACAGAGUUAUAGCGUCUUGAAGAAAAGUUUUCGCCGUGAAUCCUGGCGCGUUACGUUGGCAAACAAAGUGCAGCAAUUCCGGCACCAGUCCUGUUGUGUUGUGUGUGAGUGUGAACCGGUGUCAUAAAUAAGAUCCUGCAGUGUAGCCUGUAAUAUUUUCCCGACAGGAAUAUAGUGAGUUAACCGCACGCACGGAACAGGAAUGGCGAAGAAGAAAAAAUCGCAACCCCCGACGGUGGUUCCGGCGUCGUCCAGCAAUAGCAACCAUUUCUACCAGACAAACAACCACCAGCAGCAGCAGUACCUCGGUGUCGGGAAGAAAGUACCGCACAAAACUCGUGACUCCGACUGCUGCAGCAUCAAUUUCGUAAAAUACGUGCUUCAUAUAUUCAAUAUCAUUUUCUUCAUGUCCGGCCUGGUGAUAAUAGGCGUCACGGUGUGGACCGUGCUUUGGAAACAUCAAUACGUAUCGCUUCUGUCGACCACGAACUACGCCAUCGGAACGUAUUCGCUGCUGGCUGCCGGUUUGCUGGCCGUUCUGGGUGGAAUUCUGGGUUGCUGCGGCGUGUGGCGCGAACACCGCGCGAUGCUACUGGGGUAUACCUUCAUUCUGCUGUUCGUGUUCCUGCUGGAAGCCAUCGUCGGUGGUCUCGCGUAUCUGUACGAAACCCAAAUCGAGCUGGAGCUGCAGUCCAGCCUGAACAGCACCUUCAUGGAGCAGUACGGUGUCAACGAGCGCCAAACCGAAGCCAUCGACCGGAUGCAGCAGCAGUUCGGUUGCUGUGGGGCGGUUCGGUUCGAAGAUUGGCGCUAUAGCGUGUGGUUGCGGUCCCGCCGAAAGGAUCUAAUACGACCGACCGAGGGCCGCCGUGUACCGGAUUCGUGCUGCAUCAGCAUGACACCCAAGUGUGGCCUCAGCGACAGUCCCAGCAAUAUUCCGUACACGGGCUGCAUCUACAAGAUGGCCGACGACCUGCGGCAUCAUCUGAUCCUGCUGGGAGCCAUUGGGCUGGGCAUUUGCGUUAUUCAGGUGUUCGGUAUGAUUCUGUCCUGUUGUCUGUACGUCAAGCUGAAGGAUGUACUCGAUUGACAAAAGCCAGCGGAUCCAAUAGUCGAACUAAUGGAUCCGCUGCCGGACAAUAUCAGUCUUAUCUAUGGGUAUGACGAUCAGACGAUUUAGGGUCUGCCAAUUGGAAAAUGAGUGUACAUUUGUCAAUGAGUGCUUUUUUGAGAAAAAAAGUAUCAAUCAUUGAACAAAGCGUGUUUUGUAUUAAUUGUAAAUAGAACAAGAACUGUACCGUAGUGCCUAGACGUUACGCUUUGAUUAAAUAUAUAUUGAAUAAUGUUAUUUUAUGAGCCAAUUUAUCAACCUGUUCACUAUAGAAUUUAUAUUUAUUAAAUACAGCGAAAGUACAACUUCGAGUUUGAACUAGUUGAACAAGAAACAAAACAUAGUCAUGAUUUCGAACAACUAUUAGAGCCAUAACAACCAAAACUAUGAUGAUAAAGAUGACUAAUUUGCCAUGUGUAUAAUACCUUUUCGAUGUGUACAAUAAAAUCUUAAC